AUGAAGUCAGCAGUAAGACAGGCAGGUGGAGGAGAGGUGACUGGACCACACGCCGAUCACUGUGUCUCACCCCGCAACGCUGCACGUCCUCCACCUCCUUUCGCCACCACACACAUCCACGCCCCUCCCAAGUCGGCACACACUGAUGCAGUCGCAACAUUCUCUCUCCUUCCUCAACACUCUACUCUCCACCUUGUUGACCAAUCCACCACAUCGACCUUCCCUCCUGGUUGUGACGGCUCCCAGCAACGCGGCAACAUGACACAAGCAAACAUCGACCCGCAACCCGGUCCGUCAGGGCCGCCACAAGAUCCCUCAAAACCUUCCUACAAACAACUCUCCGAUGAAGCUGCCCGCGCCGAGAUCGUGUUCCGGGUGCACUCAGAGAUGUCCGCCUCGCCCUUGCACUGGACAGGUCGGGCCGAGACGUCCGGCUUCUGCAGUCCAAACCCGCACCUCGCUCUGCUGACUCCGGGCGCCUAUGCCGCGUGUCUGGAGCCCAUCCCUUUAGCCUCAAUCCCACUGGACCCGUCGCAGGCCCAGCCGCCUGCACCAGCGCCAGCGACUCCUCCGCCAGUCCUGAUCCCGCUCGACGACGAGAUGAACGGCCUCCCCUCGACGCAGGACAGUGUGCCGAAGAGCACCCAGGGGCAGGGCCAAGGGCACGUGGAGGUCAUCGGCGUGCCGUGGAUCAGCUUCGAGCGCGACCCGAGUAUCCGCCAAAGCCUCGUCGACCACUGCACGCGCCGCACGCGCCCGUCGCACAACUGGGACUGGAGCGGGCCCGACAUGGCCGCCGACGACUACUCGUCCUGGAUCAGCUGCACGGGCUCCUUGCGCUGGGCGGUGUGGGAGGCGGCGCACCGGCUGGUGCACGCGGGCGAGGAGCAGGUGGAUAUCGCCAUCAUUGGCGUGAUUGCCGAGGCCGACGAUCCAGCCAGCAUCAGCCCCCACGGCGGACCGGGGAAGAGGCCGCCGUUCCAACGCAUCCGAGCCGGCGCCUCGGGCGAAGUCACCCUCGCCCCCCUCCUCCCCCUGCGGGACCACCAGCGCUACGGCCGGGGCACAGGCGACCGCGCCCGCAUGACGAACAGCGAGAAGGAGGCAGUCGCGAACGCAAUCUACAUGGCACACUCGAGCGAGGAGGUCCUCUUCUACGGCCGCAUCUUCACGUCCAGCGUCCGCGCCAACCUCACCUUCACCCGGGACCACCUGCCCCUGACGCUGCCGAGGGAAUUCUUCGACGGCGCCUCGGGCUCGACGGCGUGGGUCGACGACCUGGCCUGGGACCCGAUGCGCGACUCGUACGACGCGGCAUGCAAGAAGAUCAAGGACAACGCGGGCCCGGCCAGGGCUCCGUUCAAGGCUGCUCCCAAGUUUGGGCCGUCGAGCGUCAUGAGCGGCGGGGAUGCCGGGUGGGGAGCACGCAGCACGCUCUCCGCCAGCUCGGGGCCGAGCAGGCUGAGCACGAGCAUCCGAGCCAGUGCUGAGGGGUGGGGAGCCCCGCCUGCCCCGCCUGCCGCUCAUGCUGCUCACGCCUCGAUGCCCGCCAGGCCGGCCGGGCCACAGCCCGACGCAAGCGGGUGGGGCGCGCCGCCGUACGCGCAGCCGGCUCAGCCUCAUCACCCUCAGCCGCAGCUGCAGCAGGCAUCCUGGCCUUCGCUCGCUGGAUCUCGACCCGAACCCGCCCCGGCACCACAGACACAGGCACAGCGGACUUAUGCCUCUGCCACGUCGAAGCCGGCGAACCACUACACGACUGCGGGAGGAAGCCUCGCGCCCUCGUUCCUCAGUAGCACCAAUGCGGUGCCCCUUGGGCGCCGGGGCGGAGGCGGAGGCGGGAGGUACUCGGGGUACUCCUCCGGCUGGUAG